GUGGCGUCCCAGAGCGGCGCCGUGCAGUCGGCGCGGCGCGGAGCGGAGCGGAGCGGAGAGACGCGGUUCUUCAAGCGGAGGCGGUGCCGCACAGGGCCGCGUUUCUCGCGGUCGCUGCCCGCUGUCCCCGUGGACGAAGUGGCGCUCGGGUGACGGCUGCGAUCCUCUCCCGCAUCCCGCAGUUCCCGGCGGGACGGUCGCCGUUCGGCUCCAGUGGACCUUCUGCCUUUCAUCUGUGACCCUCCCAGUCUGCAGGCGAGCAACAAAUGGCCACGCAGGAUCCAUCUCAGGAGCCCGUGAGCUUUGCAGAUGUGGCCGUGUAUUUCAGCAGGGAGGAGUGGGCGCUGCUGGACCCUGCGCAGCGAGUGCUGUACCGGGACGUGAUGCUGGAGACGUACGAAUGCGUGGCCUCGCUGGCCCCCAAGCCUGCGAUGAUCUCCCUGCUCGAGGGAGGGGAAGAGCCCUGGAUCCCAGAUGUGCGUGGCCUGGAGGACACGGCAGGAGACCUCAGCCCAGCAGGCCAUGGGGUCGCAGCUGCUCCGGACGUUCUGCAGAAGUGUGAUGUGACUGAAGGGCAGUGGGGUAUUGCCUCUGUGGGAGAAAUCAGAAAGGCUAUCCAGGAGGAUCUGGAACAAGGAGAGCACCUCAAGCAGCAACGGGGGAACCCUCCAGGAGAGACUGCGAGGAGCCCCCAGGACUCCAGCACGGGUCAAAAGCAGCCUGAAGGUGCAAGGAGCGAGGAAGUGUGUCAGGAGAAAAGGCAGAACCCAAACGCUGAGUGUGGGAACAGCCUGAAAAGGUGUUCCGUCCUUCUUAACCACCACUGUGUACGCUCAGUGAAGAGAUUGUACAAGUGUUCGGAUUGUACAAAAAGCUUCAAAUGGAAAUCCCACCUCACCUGCCACCAGCGCAUCCACACGGACGAGAGACCCUUUAAGUGCCCUGAUUGUCCAAAGUGCUUCAAAACCAAUUCCCACCUCACCGGCCACCAGCGCAUACACAAAGGAGAGAAACCCAUUAAGUACUGUGAGUGUGGGAAGGGCUUCAAAUACAGUUCCAUACUGCAGCGCCACCAGCGCAUCCACACCGGAGAGAGACCCUUCAAGUGUCCUGAGUGUCCAAAGAGCUUCAAAAACAGUUUCCACCUCACCUGCCACCAGCGCAUCCACACAGGAGAGAGACCCUUUAAGUGCUGUGAGUGUGGGAAGCACUUCAAGUACAGUUUUGUACUGAAGCGCCACCAGCGCAUGCACACAGCAGUGGGACCCUUUAAGUGCUCUGAGUGUGGGAAGGGCUUCAAAUUUGGUUAUGAAUUACAGCACCACAGUCGCAUCCACACAGAAAAGAGGCCCUUUAAGUGUCCCGAGUGUUCAAAGAGCUUCAAAAGCAAAUCCCAGCUCACCUACCACCAGCGCACCCACACAGGAGAGAGACCCUUUAAGUGUCGCGAGUGCGAGAUGAGCUUCAAGUACAGUUUUGUACUGAAGCGCCACCAGCGCAUCCACACAGGAGAGAGGUCCAUUAAGUGCGUGGCAAGGGUUUACGGCGUGCUUCGGCCCGGUUCCGUGACUGAUGGAGCAGGAGGACCCACGGACCCACGCCCCAGAAAAGGGAUAAUGGGAAAAGGAAAAAGGGGGAAGGGGAAAAGGGAAAAGGGUAGGAAGACGGGCCUGACAUCAAAGCAGUGGCAAUGAUCUGAGGAGGAAAGCUAAUUUACUAGAAAAUAUAUCAGAAUGCAAGAUAACACAACAUAAUGCAAUAUAAUUGGAAACAAAGUUAAUAAAUCUAGUAAAAAUGAGAGAGAGAGAGAGAGAGAGUGUUCAAAAGCUGAAGACCUUACUCUAAUGCUGAAGGCGAGCACGCUUGCUGCUGGGACGAGCAGAAAGGGGAAAAUGAGAUAUCUCGUGUUUGUAAAAACCGUUUUCGUCUUUACUUCUGAUCUGUAAAUGGAAACACAAAGUCCCCUGGGGUAUGUAGUUCUUCUCUUCUCAGAACCAGGUAUGCGGAGCAUUAACUCUCUAACUCCCAGUGCUCUACAAAGAAUCAUAGAAUCAUAGAAUGGCCUGGCUUGAAAAGGACCUCAGAGAUCGUCUAGUUUCAACUUCCCUGCCACGGGCGUGGUUGCCAGUCAUCAGAGCAGGCUGCCCGGGCCCACAUCGAACCAAACGGAGCCAGCUCCCUGAGCAAAAACAGUUCCACGGAGAUGUUUGCCCUUUCCAGAAGCUGGAAAGGCCCAGACCACUGUUCCCAACGUGCUCUUUGCAUGUGCUACAGGGACCUUACCUCCCUGUACGUUAUGUAGGGAGCUGGAUGGGGUAGGCCCAUCACGACUGAUAGAUCCUCGAGUGUUAACCAACCAGGUGGCUUCUGCCAAAUGCUUCUCCCAGUGCUUAAAUAUUCCGCCUCCCGCUGCUUUUGACACAGUUUUUAACACGACAUACCAUUUGAUUUUACCAGAGGCUGGUGCGUGAUAGGAGAUACGAUAAAUCCGCUCAAUGCUCAAGUAUUAACAGGAGAAUUUUUGAAAUG